UUUUUUUUUUAUUGCUCUGUGGUUGCUUAUCGAAAAAUCUGCAUCUUGCGUACGCUGCCGCUGUCAUGACAUAAAGCUGAUUAGCCAGAUUUGAUCUCCAUUAAUCCCGGUUGACCGCGCCGAAAGUGCCAAAGUAGUGGUCGGACUCUCGGUAGUUCGGCGAUGGAGCAGCGCUCCAAGAUGGUCUGACUUCUUCGCCCCGAUAUCCGGUGACCAUUAGCCCAAUUUUAAUAACCUAGGGUUCAACAACGUCGAAUGGAAGGCUCCGAUUCAUUAUCUCCGGCCAUUCUCGGUGGGCGGGUUUUCUUGCGUUAAACGUGCGAUGGUUGAGCAAGAAAUAGACCAGUGUUUUGUAUAUGAAGUGGAGAUUGGAGAAAAAAAACUCAGAAAACUUAUGAUGUAAAUAUGGAUUCUAACCCAACUGGAGCUGUUGCUAGCACAUCUGACGUACACGAGCUUCCCAUGGAAAUGAAUGAGAUGAAAAUUAGAGAGGAUAAAACUGAUGACCAUGAGGAUACAACUAAGAUAUUCCGAGCUUUGAAUUAUAUGCUUAGAGUUAUUGGCAUUUUUCAUCGGGACACUAAACUCUGGAAUCUUCUGGUAUGGUUGUUGUUUUAUUUUGAUGAAUUAAGCUUUCAUUUCCUCUGUUGCAUUUGCCAUUUGGAUAUGGUCGCUUCAAAUUUAGCCCCCAUCAGCGUCAACUUCUUAACACAGGCUGCAAAAGUAAUUUUUGCUAUUGUGAUGCUUAUAUUUCAGGCUAGACGACGGAAGGUUGGUGAAAAGGCACUUCUCUCAUUUCCCACGUUUAUUCAGUUGCGGCAUUGCCUUCAUCUUUAUUUUUAUGUUUCAGUGAUUGAGGAGAUGUCUGACAGUGGCCAGAUUCUUCAACCAAAGGGACCAGACAUUGCUCAAGCUUUGAACUUGUGUCCGUGGGUAACCCUUUCUGUUGUGGCAAGGAGACUACAAGUACAAUUUGUAAUCUUCUGAAAUUAUUAGUGAGUUUUGUUAAGUUUAUCAAUAAUUUUGAGCUUGUUUAUUUCAUCCACUGGUAACGUGAGCUCACACUCUUAGGGACACAUUUAAGUCUUCUCCCCUUCUUGUCCUUUCGAAAAUAUUUGGCUAAGGUACUGUGCUCUUAUGUAUAAUUCAAACUUUUAGUUAGUUUUAAGGUACGAGUACAUAUAAUUUUUACAGUUUCUUAGUUAUGAAUGAAAGAGCUAGAAUAAUUAUGAAUGCUUUGGUUCUAACUGUUAGACGAAGAAUUAUUGUCAAUAUUUGGAUU